AUGGCACAUGAAUAUAAGUUGAGAUUAAAGUACAUGGUCAAGAAUCUCUUCAUGAUUCAAGUUGUUAUUUUCAAAGAUUAUCCCACACCAUUAUUAACCCCAAUUAGCAGCAUUCAAGAGAGAGAUAUUGAGGAUGAAAUCAUUGUUGAACACGAUGAAAGUUCGGAUGUUGUGCCAGCCGCAGCUGCCUCCUCCUCGUAUCAGCCAGUCAUGGGGCACAAAAUGAAGGUCCAAUUAAUCAGAGGGGAAAAGGAAUUAACGGACGCAUUGCUUCUGGAUGCAAAUGGAAUGGGAAAACUAGAUGGAAGAUCCAGAAUCUGGGUGGAGCAACUAAGAGGUAUUUCCCUUGAAGCUCAAUUUGUCCUUAACAAAUAUAAUGCCAAAUUGAAUCAUAAGCCAAUUCUCAUCUACAUUUGUAAGUACUGGAUUCGACAUGUUGUUAGUAAUAAGAUAGAUGGUAUCAGAAACAAAAUGGAAGAUGCUUUUAGGAGAAGAAAAGCGUAUGGUUUAAUGCAAAUCCAAAGCCGAGUCGUAUCUAAGAUUCAAAUAUUAUGUGCACGGAUGCAACCGUAUCUCGCUGCCAAGAAAUCCAGUGUGGUUGGAUUUGAUGAUGACACACAAGUUCUGAUGACGGAGUUACUGUCGGAUGAGAAAUGCCGCUGCAUUACUUGGAUUGUUGGAGUCGGAGGCACGGACCAGUUUGUUGCAGAAAUUGGCAAGGAGACCGCCAAGAAAAUUACAGUAGAAGAAGAAAACGUGCCCACUGAUUACGUACUCAUAACCUUGGCACACUCAAAGUACCUUAUAGUUGUUGAUGGCCUUAAAGAAACAUCCAAAGUAUACUUGGAUACCUUGAACAGGGUCAUACCUGAUAUGUUAACAGGAAGCAGAGUUCUUUUUACUACUCGCAAUGCAACAGUAGCCCAACAUGCAGCAGGUAGAAUCAUUCUUCACCCAUUACAGUUAUUAGAUGAUGAAACUAGUUGGCUGUUGUUCACAAGACAUUUGAAGGUCCCCAAGUCAGAAACAGAACUUAUCAAGGUUGGAAAAGAAAUUGUGAUGAAAUGUGGGGGACUGCCAUCACAAAUACUGAAAAUAAGUGAUUUGCUUUCACAUAAAGAUGUUACACAUGAGGAAUGGUUAAGCGUGCUAGGAGGGCAGCAGCUCAAUGAAAAUCAAAUACAAUGUUGGUCUGAAACGCUAGACACAAUUAAUACAAACUUACCUUAUUAUCUAAGAAGAUGUCUAUUUUACUUUGUGCUAUUCCCUGCUGAAUUUGGGAUCCCUGUCAGAAGGUUGGUUGUUUUGUGGGUUGCCGAGAGUCUAAUUCAUCAAGCAGAAGAUGACAAAGUGCCCCCGGAGCUCGUUGUAGAAAGGUAUUUGACAGAGUUGAUAGAUCGGAACAUGGUCCAAGUAUCCAAGAGAAAGCGCAAUGAACAGGGUGAUCCAUCUAAAACUUUUGAUAUCCCACAGAAUGUGAAAAUACAAAUUGUUGAUGGUUUGGGAUCAAAGAGGUAUUCUGACCCAAAGUUGGAAUCGAGUUCAAAUGUUUCCACUCAAUUUCCUUCGGCAAAUGACCAUCUUCAAGUACAUCAAAAAUUUCCAGUUGCUAUAAAUAUUAAACCUGUUCGUCCAAUCGUUGAUUCAAAGGUGUUAAACCAGAGUGCUUCACUGCAUUCACCUGUUUCCAUAUUGCAAGAUUCAGAUGAAGGCUCUAUUUCCGAACACGCGCCCACAGCAAAUCAAUUCACCACUGAGGAAGGUCCAAGGUUGCACAUUCCUCUCAAGACAGACAAUUAUGUCGUGUCUGACUUUGAGGGUGAACCAUCAAGCAUAAUUGCUUGUGCACUGUCCUUGUUGAAAGACUCAUCUGAGAUGUCGAAAAUUGAUGGUGAUGUGAAAGAAAUUGGGAUAACUUCAAAAUCUACAGAUUCUUUGCACGACUCUCUAGAUUCAGAUUCUGCGCAUUCUACUGGAAGCGUGUCUUCAGAAGAGUCACGAUCAUCUCGUGCUACAGAAGACCAUAGCAAAGAAGUUCAUCUGGGUUAUGCAAAAAUCACUUGGGAGGGAAAAAUAUUCUGUGGUGGAAAAAGCAAGUCUUUUUUUGCCAAAACACUUGACGAGAGGUUCAUCGUAAAGGAAAUCAAGAAGACGGAACUUGAAGCAUUUUUGGGAUUCUCUUCUCUAUAUUUCAAACACAUGAGAGAGUCAUUUGAGUCUGGGAGCCAAACCUGUCUAGCAACAGUCUUGGGGAUAUAUCAGGUUACUAGAAGACACAUUAAAAGUGGAAAAGAGGUUAAACAACAUGACCUCAUGGUGAAAAAAAAUCUUACCUACAAUCGAAAUAUUGUAUGCCAGUAUGAUCUUAAAGGUGCUCUUUUUGAGCGGUAUACUUCUGAUGCUACUGGUGCUGAGGAGUUUCUUCUGGAUCAGAACUUUGUGGAAGACAUGAACUCUUCCCCGUUAUAUGUCAGCCAUAUUUCACCUUAUCAAUAG